GGGACGCAGCGCAGCAGCCGCAGCCGGAGCCGGGGAGGGUGGGCUGGGGGGCGCUGCGCGGGCUGCAAGCCAUGGCCCAGCCCGGGCACCGCCAGGCGCCGCCGACGCCACCAGCAGCGGCGCCCCCUCCCGUCCAGCGGGAGCCAAGAGCGGACGGCAGCCAGUUGUGAAUGCUUCUCCUCCUCCUCCUCUUUUUUCUUUUUUCUUUUUUUACCCCUCCUCGGCAAGGAAUGCUGCGGCUGUGGAUGGUCCAGAAAGCUUUCCCGUGGAAGGAGCCAGCGACGACUGGGCUAAAAUAACCAGACUGGGAAAGGGAGAGUGACGGGUGGCGGCUGUACGACGCAGGGACCUGCAUGAUCUCCACACAUUGCUGUGCCUUGUUGAGAAGUGGAGCUAUAGAAGUCCCCUUGGCUUUCUGCGCUGCAUGUCGUCGUCUUGGGAAGAAUUAAGAGGCAGCCACCGGCAUCUCGGCCUGGAAAGAGAGAGCGAGAGAAAGAGGGAGCCUGGGAGCACCAGGAAAGCAAUUGCACGUCAAGAUCCGUCCACAAACAUCUGUCUUAUUUCUGCAAUAACAACACCAUCGUAAAGUAGACUUCGGUGGGGGUGGGGGGGCGGAGAAGAAGAAGAAAAGGAGGGUUUUCUUCCUGCAGUUUUCCCGUCCCUGUAUAUGCACACAUUUCCCCCUUCCUCUUAGCAUUGCACGCACACAAGCUCAUUCACACAUACACACAAACACGCCAACCAUGAUGUUUCGAGACCAGGUCGGAGUGUUGGCAGGCUGGUUCAAGGGCUGGAACGAGUGCGAGCAAACUGUUGCGUUGCUCUCCCUGCUGAAGAGGGUGAGCCGGAGUCAAGCCCGUUUCCUGCAGCUCUGCCUUGAGCAUUCCCUGGCGGACUGCACCGAACUCCACAUCCUUGAGAACGAGGCCAACAAUCCUGGAAUCAUUAACCAGUGGCAGCAGGAAUCAAAGGACAAGGUGAUUUCCCUCUUGCUAACCCACCUGCCUCUGCUGAAGCCGGGGAACAUCGAGGCGAAAGUGGAGUACAUGAAGCUCCUUCCCAAAAUCCUGGCUCACUCCAUCGAACACAACCAGCACAUAGAGGAGAGCAGGCAGCUCCUGUCUUACGCCCUGAUCCAUCCCGCCACGUCCCUGGAGGACAGGAGCGCCCUGGCCAUGUGGCUGAACCACCUGGAGGACCGCACAUCGCUGGGCACCUACGGGAGCCAGGGCAGGGGCCGGUCCGACUCGGUCGAUUACGGGCCGUCGCACUACUAUCACCAAAGACAGAAUUCGGACGAUAAGCUCAACGGGUGGCAGAGUUCGCGGGACUCCGGCAUCUGCGUCAACGCCUCGAGCUGGCAGGAUAAGAACCUGGGCUGCGAGAACGGCCACCUCCCUCUCUAUUCCUCCUCUUCCGUCCCCGCGACAAUCAACACGAUCGGAACGGGCACGGGCACAAUUCUGUCGAGCCAGACCCACCACAGCCCUUUGAAACGGUCUGUGUCCCUUACCCCGCCCAUGAGCGUCCCCAACCAGCCCCUAGGACACGGGUGGCUGUCACAUGAGGACUUGCGAGCUAGAGGACCCCAAGGCAUCCCUUCCGAUCACGCCCCCCUGUCUCCUCAAAGCAGUGUAGCCUCUUCGGGAAGUGGUGGGAGCGAACACUUAGAAGAUCAGAACUCUGCGCGUAACACAUUCCAGGAAGAAGGGAGUGGUAUGAAAGAUGUUCCUGCCUGGCUGAAGAGUCUCCGCCUCCACAAGUACGCUGCCCUUUUCUCCCAGAUGACGUAUGACGACAUGAUGUCAUUGACCGAGUGUCAGCUGGAGGCACAAAACGUUACCAAAGGUGCAAGGCACAAAAUUGUGAUCAGCAUCCAAAAGCUAAAAGAGAGGCAGAACCUUCUCAAGUCCCUGGAAAGGGACAUCCUCGAAGGGGGCAACCUGCGGGUGCCCCUGCAGGAGCUUCACCAAAUGAUCCUCACCCCCAUCAAAGCUUACUCUUCUCGGAACCUGACGGCGGACAACCGCGGCCGGGAUCCUGAGCCCCAUCGCACGGCUUCCCUGAUUGGCUCCGAUGGCCAGGGGCCCGACUGCAAGGACUCCGCCGCGGGGGGGAUACCCCACCACCACCUGCCAGGCUGCGAGGGGGAAUCCGGUGGGGCUCCUUUGCCCGAAGGGGACAUCCCAGGGCAGUUUACUAAGGUGAUGGGCAAAGUAUGCACCCAGCUCCUUGUCUCCAGGCCGGAUGAGGAGAAUAUCAGCUCCUAUCUCCAGCUAAUCGACAAAUGCCUAAUUCAUGAGGCGUUCACAGAGACGCAGAAGAAAAGGUUGUUGUCAUGGAAACAGCAGGUGCAAAAACUCUUCAGGGCUUUCCCUCGGAAAUCCAUCCUCGAUCUCUCGGGGUACCGGCAGCAGAGAACCCGAGGUUUUGGCCAGUCGAACUCCCUGCCAACAGCUGGAUCUGUAGGUGCAGGAAUGGGCCGCCGGAACCCACGCCAGUUCCAGAUCCCCUCCCGGAACCUGCCUACCACACGGCUGGGCCUCUUGGGCUCCAGCGGCCUUCUGGGAGCCAGCCAGCGCACCGCGGCCGCCAACCCCACCAUCCUGAAGCAAGGGAGACAGAACCUUUGGUUUGCAAACCCUGGAGGGAGCAACAGCAUGCCCAGCCGGACUCACAGCUCUGUGCAGAGGACGCGCUCGCUGCCAGUGCACACCUCUCCGCAAACCAUGCUUAUGUUUCAGCAGCCAGAGUUCCAGGUACCAGUGACAGAACCUGACAUCAAUAAUAGGCUGGAGUCGUUGUGCCUCAGUAUGACAGAACAUGCACUUGGAGAUGGUGUCGACAGAACCUCGACGAUCUAGAAGACGGAGGUGUCUGCAGUGAGAACGCUGGCCGUCAGCAAAUUGGGCUGCUGGACCAGCAGCAAAGUUGGCAGCGAGUCCCCGGACGUGUCAAGGAUCCCUGGAGAUAAUUUGCAACCUUUCCGUUUCCGUUUUCCUCUCUCUCUGUCUCUCUGUCUGUCUGUCUCUUGUCUCCUCCUCUCUCCAUCUCUGUUUACAUUUUGUAAAAGGGUCACACUUAUAUUGCUGUUACGCAUCGUCAAGAAACAGGACUGGGAUCCGCCAGGUUUAUGAUUAUGCACAAAACAGAGAAAUGACAUUGGGUGGGGAGCGAAAGAUGUCGGAGGGCUUCCUCAGAGGAGCAGGCCUCCCCAACCGUGGCUAAGGGCAAGCCUCUUAGCAGCCAAAUAAUAAUUCACGGAGCAUCCGUUGGGAACGGGCAGCGGGGGUGGCAGACGGAACCGCUCCUCGCGAAGAAAGAGACUUUCUGAAAUAACGUCACCGAAGCAUGAAGACGACGACGCAGAGAGCGACGCGUCGGCCAUCUGUAAAUAGGAGCUGUGUUGCACCGACAUUCACCGUUGUGAGCUGCAGUUGUUGUCGGGGGGGGGCGGAAAGGAAAUUAAAAAGGCCAAACUAAUUUCCCUC